CCAUUUGCUGCUACUUUGGCAGCUUGAACACCACAACUCCAACACCUUUAUGGGAGCAGACAGGGUCAGUGUCAUUCGUGUGCUGCCCUCAAUGAUAAAGAUUCCCUGUGUCUCCUUCACAACAUAAUACAUUUGAGGCAGAUGAUAGCAGAAAGAAGGUAAUCAACGUUCUAGCCCGUCUAGCUAAUUUCCUGAGAAAGAAAAAAUGGUAACUGCAGAUUGAUGAACAUCUUGUUGGUUUUCUUUUUUCAAACAAAGACAUAAAUGGAGAGAAGGUCGGGUAGAUGAUGAAGAGCAGAGCAUAAACUAAAAUGGAGAGAACCUCUUUGCUGCUCUGCUGCCUCUUGGAAGCUCUGCAGCCUCUUUGCAGCCUUUCAUUUGUUUGCAUUUGCAUUUGUAUUUAAUUUUCUGUUCAUGGCAGCCUCAUUUCAUCAACAUUUGCAGCUUAGCUUCCUGCACAUUUUAGCUGUCAUUUGACAGCUUCAUUUCCCUCAUAUUUGCAGCUAAAUUGCUGCCAUAUUUGCUGAAAAUUGCAGCUUCAUUUACUGUCAAUUUUCAGCCUCAUUGCUGCCAUUUCAUGGCAGUUUCAUUUCAUUAUUUCUACAGAUUUGAAUGCCACGUUUCUAGCAAUAAUUCCAACACAUCUAAGCAGGUUGAGGACAUCUCAAUCUGUUUAGUAGACAAAAUUUGUUUGGAUUUGAAAGGUCAUUCACACGAUUGGCAUCAUCUGAAUCUACUUCUACCUCAUCCUCUUUAUGCCACAAACUCAAUGGCCUUCAAGAUCUGCAUGACUGCGUUCAAAGUUGCUCCUACUUCCCCUCACCCAACAAGCUUUAGCCCAAGAGGAGCACAGGAAAUAGUUCUUCGCAGAAAGAGGGGAACUAAAAUAGUUUUCUCAAAUGAGAUUAGGAAAUACUUAUCCUCUAGGAAGGCAGUAAAGAAGGCAGUAUUGAAAGCCUUGAAGAAUCUUAAGAACAAGGAAAACAAAUACAGCACCUCUGCCUUCAACAAGAACAGUGAGACUGGCACCACAGUUAACAUCCUACAAGAGCCACAAGCAUUCACUCUCAAUGUGCUGGAAUCCUUGCUAUUCUUUAUCUCUGGACCAGAGGCAGAAACGAAAACCAGGCGAUGGUCAGUGUUUUCUAAGCUACCGCACAACAAGAGUAUAGGAUGUGAAGAAGGAGAACAACAUGAAAAUGAGAUUUCCAAAGCUGAAGCUAAAUUACUCUCCAUCAUUAGUGUCAAGACAAGCAUUCAAAUUGAGAAUGCACUAACUGAACUGCAAAGGGCAGAGUCAUGCAUUCAAGAUCUUGAAGAAAGGUUUGAAUCCAUCUACAAGCGGUUGAUUAAAUACAGAGCAACUAUUCUCAACAUCCUCAGCCAUUAGUAUCAAGAAUCAUUGUAAACUCAUACUAGUAUAUUGGUUCACCAGACAAGAAAUAUUCUUAUGAUAA